AUGACUCUUCACCAAACAUUGACGAUUGCUGAUUUUAGAUACAGACUUGAAUUUUGCAAAGGGAUACGACAACAACCGCGGAACUUUCAUCAGAAAAUUUUAUUUUAUUAUACAGGCACAUUUAAAAGUGACGGAUCUGUAAAUACUUGAAACUGUCGUUAUUGGGCACAAGAAAAUCCUAAUUGGUUCCGAGAAAUUGAUCACCAACAUGUUUGGAAAGUUAAUGUUUGGUGCGGAAUUAUUGAAAAACAUGUCGUUGGGCCGUUUUUCUUUGAACAUGACCUAAACGGUGUUCGCUAAGCCAAUUUCCUUGAAAAUGAUCUUCCGCUCUAGCUUGAAAAUACUCCUUUACAAUUGCGCCUAAACAUGCUUUUUCAGCAAGAUGGAUGCCCAGCGCAUACGUCUAGAGUUGCUCGUGAACGAUUGAACGAUAUGUUUUCAAAUAGAUGGAUAAGCAAGUAUGGUCCACAUCAUUGGCCACCACGAUCGCCGAACCUUACUGUUCUUGAUUACUAUUUGUAGGGAAGAGUAAAAGAUAUUGUCUGAUACCGCGAACGUCCUGCAACAAGAGAUGAUAUGAUUCGUAGAAUACGCGACGCUAUUCGUUCUCUAGACGCUGAUGAAAUUCUUCGUGCAACAAAUAAUUUCGAGAAAAGAGUACUUGCUUGUAUUGAAGAAAAAACAUUACGAACACCAGGCCUAAUCACAUCUAGCCAUACAUCCCUGGCUGAAUCAUUUGCCGAUCUUGCCUUGACCGGAUGGAUCAUUUGCCGAUCUUGCCUUUACCGGCUGGGUCAUUUGCUGAUCUUGCCUUUACCGGCUGGGUCAUGCCCGGAUCUUGAGUGA